AUGCGCUACGUCUUCCUGACGGCGUUCGCCGGUCUGGCUGUUUCGCAGCAGACCUUGAACGCAUAUCCCAGAUCGGCGACGCCAGCACCGCCCGCCUCCACAGCACCGCCAGCCUCCACAGCACCGCCAGCAUCAUCCGCACCACCAGCAUCAGCCGCACCACCUCCAGAAUCACCCGUUACAAGCACUACAACCACGGCCCCAUCAGCUCCUGUCCCACAAACAACGAUCCCAACUUCGGCGGAGCCUGUACCAACCACAGCACCUCAGCCACCGCCGGAAUCUCCAGAGAUACCGACUCAGAGACCUGCAACUACCGCCUAUUCCAACUCAACAACUAUUCCUGCAGCUUCCUCGUCGAUUCCCGUCGAUCAGACCACGGUGCUGGUCACGAAUACCCAAGCCAGACCGAGUCAGACGAUCGCACCGCUUAAUGGUGCUGCGGUCAACCAUAUCAGUGGUGCCGCUCUCGGACUGCUCAUUGUGUCGAUACCUUUCUUCAUGCUGUGA